AUUUCGGAAACCGCUAGCACAGCUGACUAAUCGACCUGUGUGCCUUGACAGCAGCCAGCAUGAGGCUUUCAUUCGUAGCAUCCUGGCCAAACCUUUCAGAGUGCCUAUUCCAAACUACACAGGUUCCCUUGGGCUGAAGGCAUUGGGAAUUAAGCGUGCAGGAGCCAGGCGAUCUCUUCAUGAUCCAUAUGAAGAAGAUGCUUUGGUACUUUAUGAACCUCCGCCUCUGAGUGCACAUGACCAACUAAAAGCUGACAAAGAGAAGCUACCAGUACAUGUGGUGGUCGAUCCUAUCUUAUCCUCUGUUUUAAGACCACAUCAGAGAGAGGGUGUGAAGUUCAUGUGGGAUUGUGUGACAGGUCGUCGUAUUUCAAAUGGCUUUGGCUGCAUUAUGGCAGAUGAGAUGGGACUGGGGAAGACAUUACAGUGCAUUUCCUUGAUGUGGACGCUCUUGCGACAAAGCCCAGAUGCCAAGCCGGAAAUUGAGAAAGUCAUUGUUGUGACUCCAUCCAGUUUGGUGAAAAACUGGUAUAAUGAGGUUGAGAAAUGGCUGGGAGGAAGGUUACACGCAUUGCCUAUUGACGGAGGAACUAAGACAGAGAUUGACCAGAAACUCGCCACAUUCAUGAACCAGCACGGGUUACGAAUUCCAACUCCAAUCCUCAUAAUUUCUUAUGAGACGUUCCGGCUACAUGCUGAUGUGCUCUGCAAGGGUUCUGUCGGCUUGGUCAUUUGUGAUGAGGGCCACAGGUUGAAGAAUUCAGACAACCUGACCUACCAGGCUCUGAACGAUCUAAAAGCUAAACGACGUAUAUUGAUCUCAGGAACUCCAAUUCAGAAUGACCUCCUGGAGUACUUCAGUCUUGUACAUUUUAUUAAUGCAGGAAUACUCGGAACUGCACAGGAAUUUAAAAAGCGAUUUGAAUUGCCUAUCUUGAAAGGCCGGGAUGCUGAUGCAAGUGACAGUGAAAGACAGCAUGGAGAGGAGAAACUAAAGGAGCUGAUCAGCAUUGUAAAUAGGUGUUUAAUUCGAAGAACAUCGGAUAUUCUUUCCAAAUACCUGCCAGUGAAGAUUGAGCAGAUUGUCUGUUGCAGACUCACGCCUCUGCAGUCUGAGUUGUACAAGCUGUUCCUAAAACAAGCCAAACCAGCAAUAGAAAUGGAACAAGCUCACAGUGGGAAGAUGAGCGUCUCCUCUCUAUCUUCAAUUACUUCACUAAAGAAGCUUUGUAACCACCCAACAUUGAUCUAUGAAAAAUGUGUGGAAGGUGAGGAAGGAUUUCAGGGAGCACUCAAUCUCUUUCCAUCAGGAUAUAGCACAAAAUCUGUGGAACCUCAGUUGUCUGGCAAGAUGCUCACCCUUGAUUAUAUUUUGGCCAUGACUCGAAGUACUAGCUCUGAUAAGGUGGUGCUAGUAUCAAACUACACCCAGACUCUUGAUUUGUUUGAGAAGCUCUGCAGAGACAGGAGAUACCUGUAUGUUCGAUUGGACGGUACCAUGACAGUGAAAAAGAGGGCUAAAAUUGUGGAACGUUUUAAUAAUCCCACAAAUCCUGAGUUUAUCUUCAUGUUGAGUAGCAAAGCUGGUGGCUGUGGCUUGAAUCUGAUUGGUGCAAAUCGGUUAGUCAUGUUUGAUCCAGACUGGAAUCCAGCUAAUGAUGAACAAGCGAUGGCUCGUAUAUGGCGAGAUGGACAGAAGAAAAUUUGCUACAUCUACAGGCUUUUGUCGACAGGGACAAUUGAGGAGAAGAUCUUCCAGCGGCAGACUCAUAAAAAAGCUCUGAGUAGCUGUGUAGUGGAUGAGGAGCAAGAUGUGGAACGACACUUCUCCCUUGGAGAACUUAAGGAGCUCUUUACUCUAAAUGAGACCACAGCCAGUGACACGCACGAAAGGUUAAAAUGUCGCCGUUGUGUAAAUGGACACCAGGUGCGUCGUCCUCCUGAGGGCUCAGACUGUACAUCCGAUCUUUCUCAGUGGAAUCACUGUGCAGAUAAACGUGGACUACGAGACAUGGUCCUACAGUCUGCUUGGGAUGCUGCCAUUUCCUUUGUGUUUCAUCAUCACUCGCAUGAGCAACAGCAUGGAGUUAUAUAAGAUGGACAAUUUCAGGUACAAAUUGUCAUGAAAAAUGACUUCUUGUUAACCAAUGGCAUGUGAAAUUAAUUUCAUGUCAGCCCAGUCUGCUUGAAUACAGAUUUGACUGUGCUGUGCUUUCAGUGGAGCCCAUGGAAUUUGAAUGAGCAUCAGCAGGUUCCUUGGUCUAACUUCACUUCAACCUAUAAUUGUAAAUUGAAGCGCCACUGCCUUGUGUAUGUGGUUAAACUAUUCACUCUUGGAAAUGCUCUUGGACAUUGUUUAUUUUCAUUUGAAAUACUACUGAGACUUCUCCCCUCUAAUAGAACAUGAAGGACUGGACAUCAUAUUACACAGAGGAGAUAUACAAUCUAUUGUGAAUAGAGAAGUGUUUUCCUGAACUGUUUUUGUAAAUAUUGUUUAAGGCAUUGUUACGUUUUGAUCUACAGAGGAAAUCAGUGGCACUAAAGUGUGGAUAUAGUAUUUUCAGUUUCCCUUUGAGAAAAUUGAUUUGACAAUUAAGUCAGUUUGAGUAUCUAAUACAAUCUUUCUUGACUGUCACCUUUGCCCUUACAAAGUCAGUUUACAUUAUUUCCAGUGUGUUACUGAGAAACAUUGGUCUCUGGAAAAUGUACAUUAUCAUUGUAUUAAAUAUUUUCUUCAUUUUGUUUUAAUGAAAUUGUAGUUUUUUAUUAUUUUUGUUUGACUUAAAGCACUAUGGAGUGAACUUUCCCAUUCUUUGGAGACAGGCAGAGAGACAGGAGUAGUGGCAAUGUCUGGCUAAGUCUUCAGGUGAUCAGUUUUCUGUCUUUCUGCACCUCAUAUGCUUCCUUAACCACCUACUUUAUCUACCUGUCCUAGUCCCUCCAAGGAUCUAUGGACAUGCACACCAAGGUCCCUUUGACAUACUGGAAAAACAAUGUGAACUCUGUUGCCUUGUUAGUCCUCCCAAAAUACAUCACCUCACACAUUGUUAAAUUCUUUAUGCCACUGCUCAGAACAAUAUACACAGGCUGUAGUGUAAGGAUCUCCUUGCUAUUUACACCAGAAAUGUCUCAUCUGUGAACAUACCGAUCAUAUCCUCCACAUUCAUGUCUUUUCUUGUCAUAAUAAGCAUCCUCCCUGGUUAACUAUAGAACAGAGCACUGCAAAUUCUCCUUCACCCUAUUUUAGUUGCUGAGACUGCAAGAUCUGUAUUACUACCAAUGAAAUCAGACGUCCAAAGCACAAGGCAGAAAGUUUCCUUAAUUCAAAAGAAAGGUAGAUUUGUACAAAGGUAUAAAUUCUUGAGCAUCUGAAAAACUGAUUGUCAAAAGAGUAUUAAAGUCCAUACACUAAGGCCCCAUUCAUCUCUCCUAUGAGAAUUAUUACAGGGUAAAUGAUAUUAAGAUGAUCAGUACAAACAACAUAACCAACAGCUAAAAAAUGCCCUACAA